CCACAAACUUCAUUAUCGCUUCGGCUUCAAUCUAGUCAACAGUCAUCCCGAACUCUUAAACACAAUCUGAAUUGUUGACAACAGCAACUGUUUCAACGUUUCCUACCAUAAAUCCUAGGUUCAAGUUAGGUCUAGCAAAAUCCCUAACAUUACCUGCCCUUAUGCAGUUGUAAGACAACCACGACCAAGGUCUAUUGCAUUCUGUAUCACCUAUGAGGGGCUUCAGAUAUUUACAAUCGUUGCUCUUCUCAUCUACCCCGCACUUCGCCAUUAGCAGCCUAUUACCAGCGCAAGCGGACUACGUAACAAACGCACUUCGGCGCCUAACAUUGUAAACAAACAGGACCACUACAACUCAAAAGACACCAACCACACUCAACAUGCCACCCCCAGAAAGUCAGAAUAUAGCAGAACCACCAGCAUGGCUGUUGGAGAAAGCUCAAAAUGCUGAAAAGGCGUCCGUUGUAGGGCCAGACGCGUGGUCGAGGAUCAUACAAAAGACGAGAGCACAUGCUGAAGCGAACAGCGAAGAGCAUCAGAACAGCAUGCGCUUGCUAGGCAAGAAGAUGAACGAACUCCGAGCGAAGUAUGACUUGAAUCCAUUCAAGAAUGUGGAGCAACAACCAUCUACGUCAGAUGAUUUCGUGGUGCAGCCAAAAGCCAUCAUACCAGCACAGAAUGGCAUCAAGCGUAAAGCCUCAACCCAAGCCCAUAUACCAGAGGAUCCUCGCGCUAAAAAGCCAAGGGUUCAGAAGACGCAGUCAUCGCAAGAAGACAUCUCUAAAAAGGCGAAGGCAGAUGCAGAGAAGCAAGCGAAAUGUCGAGACGCACAGCAGAAGAAAGACGAUGCGUACAAAAAAUCCAUGCAAAACGUGGAGGAGCGAGCGGAUAAGGUUGAGGAACUGAGAAGACCAAAGGAUACUCUCAAAGAGAAGCCAGCCAGCACAGUUUUUGCCGAAGCGUCGACUACAGGCACAUCACCGGACCGGACGGCUGCACAAGCAACAACGGCUAUAGUAGCAGCAAACAAGCCAGAUACCACGAACACCAUACCAUCAAACGCCUUACCUGUUUCGGAAAGCAAUACAGACAGAUAUGCCGUACGAGCACCGCUGCCAGAAUGGUAUACAUCUAUCUCCAUGAAGGGUCAUAUGAUGGAGGCGAUGAGCAAGAAGCGACCCCCAGAGCUCACUUCACUAGAAGCCCUCAAAACUUGUAUAAGACAAUGCGAAGACACGAAUUCCGCUAUUCAGCUUGACAAGCUAUAUGAUGCUCUUCGCGACCAUGUACACAAGGCUGAAAUACGACUUGAGGUCAAUCGCUUCCUCGUCAGGAAGGCUAACAUGCUGAGCCCUGAAUACGGACUUCCUCGCAUCUUCAGAGCGGGAACAGAUUUUCCAUGGGAUUUGAAAGCAGAUGCAUAUCAAUUGUACAACCGCUGGUGGAAGAACGACCUGAACCAAGAUAUUCUCCGCGGUAUCGUAUCUAACAAAACUGGAAACCGCACGAGUGACCGCCUCGACGAAACCUACCGUAAACGAUUCUCCAUCGAUGCGAAACACUACGGGAAUGGCGACCUCGUCCAAGGGCAGUGGUGGCCAACUCAGCUCUGUACUGUCCGUGAUGGGGCUCAUGGCUCAGCCCAAGGCGGUAUCUACGGUGAAAAGGAGCGCGGUGCCUACUCCAUUGUCCUCUCAGGCGGCAAUGGAUAUCAGGACGUCGACAACGGCGACGUCAUCGAUUACUCCGGCACACCAGGCAAGAAUUCCACGCCUACAGAGAACACUAUCCAUCUCCUCAAAUCCGCUGAUCUGGGUAACCAGAUCAGAGUUGUUCGCUCUGCGCAGCUCAACAAGAAGAACAAGUACCGGCCCGAGCUAGGCUUGAGGUAUGAUGGUCUGUAUCGGGUGACGAGUUAUACAAAGACUGAUCAGGAAACGGCGAUGUAUAAGUUUCGGCUAGAGAGGUGUGAAGGUCAGGAUCCAAUCCGGUUCGAAGGGAAGGCAAAGCGACCGAGUUUCUACGAGGUCAAGGAGUAUGAGAGACUGAAGGAUAGGGUGUGAUAGUGUGAUAGGACUAUCAGAGUAGAUGGAUAACAUGUUUGCUUAUGAGAAGGUAAAUCGGUCACGGUGAGGGCGUAAUUUGACUUGUCUCGAGUGGUAUUCACCGUCUCCCUACUGUCACAUUUGGUCUGGAUUGGACCGGCAAGGUUGUAGGUUUGGUGGGUGUGGUGUCUCUUUUGUCUCCUUCUUUUGUUGGUUGUGCCGUUUCCUACUCAAAAUACCAAUUAUCCACUUUCUAAAAGCGAGAGGAUAUUCUAGUCGACAGCACACAUGUUUUGUUGCUAAUCUAUGAAGUAGCUCAUUCAUUCUCAAUUGUGCUCUCUUAUCAGAAUUGGAACCCUA